UAUAAGUAGCAGCAACAGCCAUGGGAGAGAAGAGAAGCCUAUCAGAACUGCCACACGACAUUGUUGAUCAAAUCCUUUCCUACUUGACUAACACAGAUGCAAUCAAAGUAGGGAUUUUAUCAAAGGAUUUGUACAACACAAUGCGCACCCGUACCAAUCUUUUGUUCGAUAGCGACUCGUUCGUGUCACCGGGAUCAGAGAUAGCAUGGGAUUGUGAUCCCGAAUUGAGGGAAAAAAUACACAAAGAAGCUAGUUGUAUGGUAUCCACAUUACAAAGGUAUCACAUGGAAAACAUUGAUCUAGAGAUAUUCACGUAUAAGGGUGCUCAUGACUUUUACGGUCCUAGUAACCAAUGUAUCGAAUUAGCCACCACAAAAAACAGUUUGAGAAUCCUUAAUCUUUCCAUGUGCCACCCCACCACUGUCUUGCCUUCAUCGGUUUUUGGAAUUGAAUCAUUGGUGGAACUGAGUUUACAGAGGUGUUGUAUUAGGGAGCAGCAAGAAAGCGGAAUAUCUUGUCCCAAUCUCAGAAGACUAUUUCUUGGAGAAGUACUUCUCCAAAACCACAUUAACAUGGAGCGCUGGUUUGAGAAAAUAAUCAGGAGCUACCCUUUAAUUGAAAGCAUCGAGAUUACAUAUUGCGGGGACACGUACCGUGUGGUUUGUUUCAAGGUUAGUAAUCUUCAAAACCUGAAACAACUGAAAGUUCAUUUAUUUCCGGGACACAAUAUUGAGGUGGAUGUAGCCCCAAAUUUAGAAUCAGUAUCUUGUAUCACAUUCAAAUCCCUUUUCGGAACGAGGGUUCGGCUUAGUUUUCGUCAGUCUGAAUACCGAAAUCUCAGAAGUUUGUUCCUUACUCAUGACGUGGGAGUCAAUGACAGUGACGAUGGCUGCUUUUCCUUCAGCCACCGGACACGACAGUUCCCACAACUCGAAGAGUUAUCGAUCCAACACUACGAGAACUUGAAAAGAAUCAACAUUUCAAGUCCGUCCUUGAAGAAAAUACGGCUUGCGAGCAUGAGGAACUUGGAGGUGGCUGACUUUGAUGUGCCCAGCCUUGCUGUUUUUGAAUACGAAAAUGUUUGCGACAAUGUUCUUGGCACAAUUGGGACGAUUGUGCCCGAUGUAUCGUUUGUCUCACGCGGAGGUGCAGAGCGCCAAUGGAUCUCUCGGAUUAAGUUAAGUUGUCAAUCUGAUGCCUCAGGGUUGGUAGAAUUGAAGGAAUUUUUAAUUCCAUUUGAAGGGUCUCAGGUUUUCAUGACUAUUGACUUGAAAUUCGAAGGGAACUAUGUGGAUGAUUUGGAUUGUUAUGAGAUGGUGAUUGAUGAUGAUGAUUCUUUUCCUGUCUCGUCAUGUUCUGCAGUAAACGGAAUUGAGAUUCAGGAAUUUGUUUUAGAUGGGUUGAAGUGGGUGUGGGAAGAAGGAAAGUUCUUUUUAUCAUCUGCUCGCGCAGCUUUGCUUUUGCUUGGUAUCCUCGGUUUUUGCCGCCCUAAAACCAUAAUUAUUCCAGACUUGUACUACUAUAACAACCCAAAGCUGAUUUAUGAGAUGAUGGUAUUGAGAAGUGAUCGUUCGGAGUUAUGGGACGUGACAAGUGUUGAGAUUGAGAUCGUCCUAUAUAGUACACGUACUGAAGGCAAUCCUUCUGAAGUUCGACGGCGAGUUUUGCACCGGCCUCGACCAUCGGACAAAUGGGAAUUUCUCGAGCUGUUAAAAGCCGACGAGAAGAGUAGCUACAAGGUUUCUUUAAGGUUCAGCUUAGAAUGGAGACGUUCAUGAUGAGUUUUGCAAUUGGAAGGAUUACUACGUAUACAUAAAUGCCUCGCACAUGGAGAAGCAUAAAAGACUUGUUCUUCGAGCUAAGAUCAGUGGAUGAAGAUUCCAGUCCAAGAAAUCUGGAGGACUUUGUAGAAUUAGCAAUCAGAAACAUUACUCUCUGUUUCAACAAAGAUGUGGU